AACCCACGAUUCUGGGCUCCACCCCGGCAGACAGGAGUCAGGAGGGCUCCCACCCCGGCAGACAGGAGGUCUCUGCCUUGGAGUCAGGUGGAAGCCAGACUAGCUGUGUGCGAGAGCCAUAAUUUGGGAAGAGUCUGCAGGAGACAGACAUCAAACUGCGUACAAGCCAGGAGGCUGAAUCUUUGUUGUUUUUGCUUGACGGUGGAUACCCCUGCGUGGGAAGCAUUUAAGUUAUGGAACUUUAUUUUUAAAUAAAAUUGGGCAAAAAGGCCCUUAAAGAAGCGAGUUGUUGUGUGCUUUUGAAAGGAAAAGCUCUACCACUGGAAGCAAGUGCCCACA